UUAUAAGCUGCUACAUAUGGAUGGAUGGAUGCGGGAGCGCGCAUGACAGAGGAGGCGCGUUCAUGUGACUGGGGAAGGGAGAGUUCUGUUCUUUCACCGCUCCAUCCGGGAACUCUCGGAAUUAACACUGACAACCGCAGCGCAACUUUUCCCCCAAGCAAAGUGAAAUCAGGCCGCGCACUCGGCCAGAAUAUAGUCCCGCAUUUUUCAACUCAAAGUCGCACAAAUAAACCUGUUUGUUUCGACCAGCUCCGGUACGCCUUCGCGGGCUCGUUUUUGGAGCGGAUCUAUCCGAGUGCUGAAACCUUUCGCUCGUGUUUGGAGCACUUUUGGGUGACGAGUCUCACGGCCGGUGAAGAAGCGACAACUUGCUUGCAGCCGGAGUAGUUCUUGUGACUGUUAUUGUUUCUUUUCAAAAUAUUUGCAUCACGCCGUAAAUAACGCGGAUCGAGCCGAAAGUGGAGGAAAAGUGCUUCUGAAGUGGGAACAUGGAGCUGCAAGGCCUUCAAGAGUCACUGAAAGUAGAAGUCCAUUGUCAUCAGAAGCUCGCCGUUAGAAGUUGUCCUGUGGGGACGGCCACCAAACCCCUCGCCCUCAUCAAGCAGCCCAGCCAGAGCAUCGCCAACUCUGUGGUGCCGGCAAAGACUCCUGUUUCCAUGGUGACGGCACACAUUAACGGACAAAAGGCGUUGAGUUCUGAGACGCUUCAGACGUCCCUGAUCAACAUCCAAACACCCUCCGGACAGAGCAUCAGCCGCUCACAGAUGUUGGGAGCACUCACAGCAAUCCCUAUCAAGGUGCCUCACGUCAGUUCACUACAGCGGCUCGCUGGACACUCACCCAGCGUGCUACCUCAGGUCAGGCCAAAGACCCUCAUUCCAGAAAGCCUUCCUCUCAGCCCAUGCAGCAAGAUGCAGCAGUCUGGUCAAACACGGAGUAUGUCGCAGGGCAGAUCUGUGGUCAGUCCCAAGAGCCAGGGCGCAUCUCUGCCCACUGCCAACAGCACCGUCAGCCAUGACAGACUGUGCAAUGGGCAGGAGGACAGUUCCUCAAUGCCCUUGCCCAUGCCUGGUGCUUCCAGCACCUCCAGCAGUGCCGGUGUGACGUACGCCGUCAUCUCAGCGACCUCACCUGUGGCUCACGGGGUGUCAGGAGUCACUGAAGCAAUUCAAGUUCAACCGCUGAUCUUCAGUCCAGACAGCAAGGUCAUUAUAAUUCAGCCACAAAUUCCCAGUAACUCCAAAAGUUCACCAGCCUCACAGACCGACAGUCCUGUAAAGGAGCCAAGUCCUGAUCCCUCGACUCUAGCCAAAAAGGAGGAGGAUCCAGAGAAAAUUGACUUCAUGGUUGCUCUUGGUCUGGUAACUACAGAACAUCUGGAGGAGAUCCAGAGUAAAAGACAUGAGAGGAAAAGACGCAGUGCAGCAAAUCCAGCAUACAGUGGACUGUUUGAACCAGAGCAAAAACGACUUGCAGCAAAUUACCUAAACGGUGCUAUUUUUCUGUCAGUAAGAGACUCUGACGAGCUGUGCUGGAAGGAGGAGUUGCAGAAUGAAGAUCACUGUGCAAUGUGUAAGCAAAAAGGUGAUCUUCAGCCCUGUCACACCUGUACUCGCGCCUACCACCCCGACUGCCUGAACCCACCUCUCAAAACUGCCACCAGGGGCAUGUGGAUGUGCCCCAAGUGCCACAAGAAAAUUUUGAACAAAGAGAACUUGUCUUGGCCACAGAACUUCAUCCAGUCAUACAUCACACAUAAAACAGUGCGAGAGGAAGAAUGCCAGAAGCUCAUGAGGAGGAACACUGAACUGAAGAAAGAGUGUGAACAUCUGAGUGAACAGGACCAGAAACUCUGCAAAUUUCUCUCUAAGUGUAUUGCGCAUAAGGAGCAUCUCUUGGGUCAACAGCGAAACACUCAAGCAUCUCUGGAGCGUCUCAAGACUCUGAUCCGACUCAUCCAGCGAGAUCACAUGAUCCAAGUGACCAUGACGGCCACCACCACUGGACCUUCACUGCUUUCACUGCCCUGGAUCAAAGCCACUGGCAGCAGCACCAGCACCACAGCGUCUCCCGCAGGCCCUUCCGCAGUACUGCACAAAAACAUACUGCAGUCACACGGCAACAACUGACGACUGUCCCGACAGCUCGCUAACAGCUCGCUGAACACAUUCAUACAGAGACACAGAUGGUGAUAUCACACCAGCGUUGGGUUUUUUGCUUACUGUAAUGUCUUACAGAUAAAAAAAGGAAAAAAUAUAGUAAAAAAAAAAAAAAGAAAUUAAAAGCAUCACUUGAUUCAAUAAGUAUUUUUUAAAGGCAACACACACAGUGCUUUUUACUUACUGAUAUUUUCAUUUAGUAUUUUUCUUGGCCUUAAUGUAUUUACGAUUAGGUUGCGAUGCCGUUGCAAAUAUAUGAAAUAAGUAUUCUAAAUAGCUAGAGAUGUUUGGUUUUACGCAUUGCAUUUUUUACUGGGGAUUUGAUGUCUGCGGGGAUGGGAUAAUUGUUUGCAAAUAGUGAUUGAGAAUGUUAGUGUAGUUGUAGUUGAAGUAACUUAUGAAACGGAGAGCACUGUACAUUGAUAUAUCCAAAUAGAUUGUUUCCAUUUUUGCCAUAUUAAUUCAGGUGAAAGUAAGACAAGGAAUUGUUUUUCUUGUGUGCGUGUUGACGAGCAUACAAACAACAACAACAACAACAACAACUUUCUCAGUAUUAAUAGAGAGGACAGAACAAAGUAUUUAAGAUAAUGACAGAAUUUUGCCUUUGUAGUGAAGAAUUUAGUAAGCCUGUUAAUAAAUUCAAAAAAGUAUUGGACAGAGGAAUCACUGUAUACAUAUUAUCUUUUUAAAAUUUCAUCUGGGCUGUCCCGACAACAAAAAAGAAAAUAAUAGUUAAGUUUGAGUGCCUGAUCCCAUCAUUCAUAAAAUAUACCAAAAACCCUAAACAUUUUUGUACCUUUAACAUUAUAAUCUUUUAAUCUCAUAUUGCUCUAUUGUUUGUGCCUUAACUUUAAAAUGUCCCUCCAAGGAUAACACAUGUUGGUCAUGUGUGAUCAGGUGUCUAUAACUACUAUGUUUAACAUUGAAAUAAAUACAAUGAAAUGUAUUUCUGCAUGUUGUUCUACAAAAUUCUGUCAAGAUGCACAUUUGCUGCCUCUGAGGUUGAGGUACCAGUAUGUUUUGGGGAGUAGGGUGGGGUUAAGGUAAGGGUUGGUUUAGGUUUAGGGGUAAGGUUAACAGUGUAACUACAAAUGUAAUUAAAUGCAGGUACUUUAAAUGUAAGUAAAAUGCAACAUAACAUUGCAUCAAAUGCUUUAAGGGACAGUACACCCAAAAUUGAAAAUUCUCUCAUAAUUUACUCACCCUCAUGUCAUCCCAGGUGUGCAUGACUUCCUUUCUUCUGCAGAACACAAAUUAAGAUUUUUAGAAGAAUAUCUCAGUUCUGUCGGUCCAUAAAACACAAUGGAAGGGUUUUCAGCACUUUAAAUCUUCAAAAAUCACAUGAAGGCUGAAUAAAAGUAAUCCAUAAAACACCAGUCGUUAAAUCCAUAUCAUCUGAAGUGAUACGAUAUGUGUGGGUGAGAAAAAGAUUAUCAAUAUAAAAAGGUAAUUUUUUUCUGUAAAACCUUUGACCAGCCCUGACCAGUAGGUGGCGUUAUCCACGAAGAAUGCCAAUUAUCUAAAAACAGAAGAAGAAUGUAAAAAUGAAAGUGGAGAUUUAUUGUAAAAAAUUAAUUCAAUAUUGAUCUGUUUCUGACCCACACCUAUUAUAUUGAUUCUGAAGGCAUGAAUUUAACCAUUGAAGUCUUAUGGAUUACUUUUAUGCUGACUUGUGAUUUUUGGAGAUUCAAAGUUCUGGUCACCAU